GAGAGGAAAGGGUUAAUGGUUUGUCCAAGUCGGAACUGAUCUGGCCCCUCCCCCCAGGACUGAGUCUGACUCCUCCCCCUAUUGGGCUGCUGGGGGGUCCCAGUCCCUCCCCGAGUCUCAGUGUCCCGCGAGUGAAGGAAAGUUUGUCCCAGUCCGGAUCAAUCGCACGAGGAGACAGCGCGGCCCCCCGGCUCUCUGCCCCCAUGUAGCGGCCCCCCGGCCCCGGGACAGAGCGGAGUGAGAGGAGGAAGAUGAGCGAGAGGAGAAGGUCCCCAGUGUCUCUCAGCUCCCGGGCUCACGCCUUCUCUGUAGAGUCGCUCAUUGGGGCCAACAAGAAGCGCAAGAUCCGCGAGUGGGACGAGAAACGCUUGGAUUUGUCUAUGGGAAGUGUCAGCCCCCGCGGGGAACUCGGGGAAGACUCGGGGCCCUGCCUGGACCUCAACCCCGAUUCUGAGCACAGCACCAGUUCUGAUACAGAAGUUCUGGCCGAACGGACCUCUUGCUCCUAUGAGUCGUGCCCGGACUUGGCUCCCUCCAGGGUCCCAGACCCCCAACCUCUCUCUGUGUCCUCUAUGGAGGAGAUCCAGGUGGAGCUGCAGUGCGCUGACCUCUGGAAAAGGUUCCACGAAAUCGGCACUGAGAUGAUCAUCACUAAGGCAGGCAGGAGGAUGUUCCCAGCCAUGAGGGUGAAGAUCUUAGGCCUUGAUCCCCACCAACAAUAUUACAUUGCAAUGGACAUCGUUCCUGUGGACAACAAGAGAUACAGGUACGUCUAUCACAGCUCCAAAUGGAUGGUGGCUGGAAAUGCCGACUCCCCGGUGCCGCCCCGUGUUUAUGUCCAUCCGGAUUCUCUGGCUUCUGGGGACACUUGGAUGAGACAAGUGGUCAGCUUUGAUAAACUCAAACUCACCAACAACGAGCUGGAUGACCAGGGCCAUAUUAUCUUGCACUCUAUGCACAAGUAUCAGCCGCGCAUCCACGUCAUACGCAAAGACUUCAGUAGCGACUUGUCCCCCACAAAGCCCGUACCAACCGGAGAGGGCGUCAAGACUUUCAGCUUCCCCGAAACCGUAUUCACCACAGUGACCGCCUAUCAGAACCAGCAGAUCACUCGGCUGAAGAUUGACAGGAACCCGUUUGCCAAAGGAUUCCGAGACUCUGGGAGGAACCGCACCGGCCUGGAGGCCAUCAUGGAGACGUAUGCGUUCUGGAGGCCACCGGUCCGUACCCUUACCUUUGAAGAUUUUACAACCAUGCAGAAGCAGCAAGGAGGAAGCACCGGGACGUCUCCUACAACCUCCAGCACUGGGACACCAUCACCUUCAGCUUCGUCCCACCUUCUGUCCCCCUCGUGCUCCCCACCCUCCUUUCACCUGAACCCCAACUCUUUCAAUGUUGGCUGCAGGGAGAAUCAGCUGUGCAACCUGAAUCUUUCUGAGUACCCAGCUUGUGCCCGGAGCAACAUGGCAGCACUGCAGAGCUACGCCGGCCUCAGUGACAAUGGAUAUAACCGGCUUCAGAGUGGCAACUCCUCUGGGCCCCAAGCUCAUGAGACUUUUAUGCCACAGAGGACUUCAUCAUUGAUCUCUGGGAUGCCCACGCCACCUUCCUUGCCAAGCAACAGCAAGAUGGAUACAUACAGUGGCCAGCUGGGGUCAUAUCCAACUUCACAGUUUCAGUAUAUGAUGCAAUCUGGAAACCCCUCCUCCGGCUCCUCAUCUUCACACAUGUUUGGGGGUGGCCAUAUGCAGCAGGGCUCCUACAAUGCGUUUUCUCUUCACAACCCCUACAAUCUCUACGGAUACAAUUUCCCAUCCUCUCCCCGUUUGGCAGCAAGUCCAGAGAAACUGACAGCACCUCAAGGCACUUUACUCUGCUCCUCUCCAUCUAAUGUUCCAUUUGGGGAAAGGCAGUACCUUUCCACGGGGAUGGAUGCAAUGCACAUGAUUGGUAGCCCUUCAGCCAAUCAACAGGCAGCAAAUGGCUGUGACAGCAGACAAUAUGGAUCAGUCCCAGGCUCAUCAUCACAAAUGUCUGUGCAUAUGGUCUAAAUGGGGACGUGUAACAUGGGAACCAACGUGCCUUCAUGGAUGGAACAGUUUGAAAGCUCCAAGGAGGGAGGCCUUGGCUUAUCUCCUGGAUAAUCAAAGGAGUCAAACUGAAUAUAUGGUAUUAUAGACCUGGAUCGCACUGCUCUCAAUAUUUACCAUGUAGAACGGUCAUUGGUAUCAACAUCAGCACUUGUUCUAGUCAGCAUGUCACAUAAUCCCCCCAAUAUUUAUCCUUCAUCACUGUUGGUUGUAUCUACUGCCCCUGGGGCUUAUUUAUUCACCCAUGACAUUACAUCGGUCCAGCACUUUCCCUGGAUCAGAACAUCCAUCUGGCUAAUGGGUCCUCCACUAAAUUGAACCCACCAAGAUGAACAUCCCUCCAGUAGGGCCGGUGGGAAUGCAGCAAAACUCACGUCCGUUGGCAUCACUAAAGCCUGGAUCAUUAUUGGAUUAACAGGCAAAGCUGGAUUCAGUCUUCACGCUAAAGAUAUUUAUCAGUACAACGUUUUUUUUUUUGGAGGUCUCAUGGUUUUAUGGUUUCGCUGACUUUGUGACUCCUCAUGGCUGGACAUCUGCUGGGCAAUGAGCAGGUAGAGAUUAGACAAUAUGGGUCAGUGAGGGAUGAUGCAUUGACUUCUUUGAACUUCUCCAACGAAGGAAAAAGCACAUAGUAAAUGUUUGGACAGGUUUCAUGCAUGAGAUACAUUGUAGCACCACUAAAAGCACAGGCGAUGCUCAGGUUUCCUUUCUGCACAGCCAAGACCCAUGGAAAUGGUGCAGGUCGAGAAACGAGAGGCUACACUUGGGUUGGGUAUCCAUUUAGGUGGUAACUUAUAAAGACUGUAUCCAGCUGUUGUAGAACCUUAUCUUCCCUCACCUUCCUACUGGGUGAAUUCAAUGGAGCACUGGCCUUUUCAUUUAGCAAUGUGUUCUCCCAUGUCCUAGGCUUUCAGGCAAGUGAACCCACCACAACUUAGCCUUAGCCAUUUACUGCUCAGUCCUCUCCUAUGUUUAUCUGUGUCUUAACCAUUUAGUAAAGCAGAGACACUCUGUCUGUACCACCUAUCAAAAUGGGGAAUUAGAUUGCCCUGUACGAGGGUAUUUAGCUAAGUAAACACUUAUUCUAUCACCAUUGGUGCCUUAACAUUUAGUACAGUGGUCUCCUUCCAUCUCUAUCUGUGCCUUAGCCAUUGAGGAACAUACACUCCACUAUUCCUAGUGCCUUCAUUUAGGGAAAUGUAUUCCCCACUAUCCAAGUCUUUUCUAUUUAGUAAAGUAUAAACCUCCAAUCAGCCAUUCUGGAACCUGGGUACCCUGGAACUAUAGCAGAGUGACUGUUACCCCAAUGGGGUGAGUGCUUAUUUGUGCCCUGGGUACCUCUGAAACUAUAACAGGGUGACCAUUACAAUGCUUUGUGUAAUCUAGUUGGGAUCUGAAUGUGUAUGGGAGGAAAUUUCCAAAUACUGGAAGACAAAGAAGAGUAGUUCUUGAACAUCUUUUAAGACUCUACAAGAGAGCAACUAUGAUACUUUAUAUAAAUAGGUAAGAUUUUGAUUUUAUAGAGCUAAUAACCCAUCAGAUGUUAACGGUAUGUCUUUAAAAUGUUCAGUUUCCCAGGCAGUAGUGCUCUGUCAGUCAUUCUGAAUUGGCGGAAACUGACAACAUCAUUGGAUGUCUAUAGGGAUACUGUCAUCUCAAAAGAUUUUAUUUGCCCCUGAAGGCAAUUCGUAAUGUUCUGUUCAUUAAAAUCAUAUAAAAAAAAUGAUUUAUAUUAGUUUUUAGAAGAACUAGCCACUAGGGGAACAGAUUCAUUCUAGUAAUUUAUGUCUCUUCUAAUUGGGUAUUUGGUACAUUGUCCUGGUUACUCAGGGUGAGAGGUGGGACAUGUUGGUAUGAGGACAUGUAGGGUGUGAGUCCAAUUGUGGGACAUCUUUCUUUUUGACUCUUUUACCAUUUCUAAAAUCAUUUAAGGCUUGUGAUACCAUCUUAGAGAACAAUAAAACCAUGUAGAGGAAUAUUUGAGUCCAUACCCACAACACGUCAUUCACCAGUGGUAGAUAUUUGAAACAGAAGAUGGGUACAAUGGUAUGAUGCCACUGUGGCUGCUGUAGAAGAAACAUUUAGUUGUUGGUACUUGACUCAUCUUCUUCCAUCAACUCCGUUCAUAGGCCCCCUUUGCUUCUAGUGACCCUUUUCACCUCAACUCUAGUCAAGUAGGAGGCUUUUGGAUACAAUCCCCAUAUUGAGCAGUGCUGCCCAGGAUUUUCCAUGGUGAUGGCCAAUUUCCCCCUAUGUUUCAGGGUUUUAAUAUAAAACAAUAAUGUCAUACAAAGAGGCCUAUGGAGAUCUUGGGCACACUGGGAGCCCAUGGGCUCUCUGUAAUAGAGUGUAGAAAAUCUAGGUUUUCAUAAGAAAGACCCAUUGUUUCAUUGCUUUACUUUUGGUUCCUGGGUGCACAUGCCCUUUAAAAAAUGCUGAUACUGCACGGCAGUGUAAUAAGUUCAUUUGUUACUCAUACAAGAAAAUUUUAUAUUUGUUUAUUAAUAAGUAAUAAGUGCUAAUAACAAGUAUUCUGUUAAUAUGCUAAUAUUGUGCCCGAAGAGGACCUCUAUGCAUUGAGCCAUGAGAGCUAGAGCCAAGAGCAGACAGUUCCAGGGAGUGGGCAGUUCAGUCUUGUGACUCAGUGGAAAGAGAAUUGAUAUCAGGCAAGCAAUUAAUUACAUGGAAUUGUUUCAUCGUUAGCUCAUUGCUUUUCCUUCCGUCAUUCUGCUUCAUUAAAAACAACAGCAUCUCGUUAUCCCGAUCCCAAUCACACUUAUCUGACUCUUCAAGCUCUCAAUGGGGCCCCCAGCCAAUCCAGUCUCAAUUACAGGGCCUGACGAGGGGCUUCUGCUCUUAUGAAUAACAUGAAAGAUUAUUCAAAUUGUGUGAAAAUGCAAAUGAUGGUAGAAAGCUAUUUGUGUUUGGAUGUGUUGUAGAUAAGUGUAUUUAAGUGCAUAGAGAGGGCUCCAGACCCUGGAGCUCAGCAAUCAGUUAUGUAAUAUACAUAUUAUGUAUAAAUAUUUCUGCUCUGCACUCUGUUUAUAAGUGCCAAGCACAAGCAGGUGCCCAAUAAAUAUUCUCGCUCCUUU